AUGUUCAAAUAUUUUUUCAUCAAGUGGAUCAUUUUUAUGAUCGGGCUCAUCUGGAAAUCAUCCGUCUAUGGUGCCGGGCGACAUUUGAUGGAUGAAAGAAUAUUUUACAAACUGGAAGGCAAGUCCCUGAUAGGAAAUGUAACAGAGGUUAGAAAAGUAAGGGACUUCUUUGAUUGUUCGAUCAUUUGCAUGGAGAAAGGCGUCCCUGCCUGUCUGUCCUUUAAUAUUGGUAGAGUCACUGAUGACAACGGUUAUUGUCAGUGUGAGUUGAGCAACUCAGAAAGGUACAUGGAACCUGAAAGAAUGCAAGCACGCAUAAAUUUUGAUUACUAUGGCACAACCACUGAGGUGAGUCAAUUUCUUUUCUUUUUGUUAGAAAGGAGGUGAAACCGGUUAAAGUUGUUUUCUUCAAAUUACAUUUUUCUCUUCGAUAUCAACUCGAAAACGUUUGCAAAUAGCACGCGCUCGGCUAACGAUUUACAACUUUUUUCGUGUUUUCCCAACAACGCGUGGGUAAUUACGCUGGUAAACCCUACCGAAAGAAAAUGCGGUCUAUUGUAUGGAUAUUUCAUUUGCAAGUCAAAAUACUACUUAUUCAAGCUGAGUGUGAAAGAUCAUGCCCGCAAGUGAAUAUUUUUUACUCUUUUUGCUAAAAAAAAGCAAGGUGAAAAUACGAAAAUGAAAAAGUUUAUAUGGGUUAAACUUACAGCUGUUACAUGCCCACAUUUUUUUUAGGAAAAUGCACAUAUAUCUAGGUAAACUGAAUUUUUUGGCACAAUUUUGUAAUCUUAUGUAGCCUCUUCUCAAAGAAGUAAACGGAUUUUUGAUUCUCCACUGUAGAUGCUUUACCGCCUUCUGCCAACGUGUGACAGCGUUACUUGUAAUCAUGGAGGAAAGUGCACUCAAGGUCAGCGGUUGGGUAAAAUUACGUGUCAGUGCCUUCCUGAAGUUACUGUGUUGCCAUUCAUUGACGAUAAGUGUAAUGUUGGUAAGCAUAACUUUGAUCAUUAAGGAAGAUUUUUCCACUAUAGUUUGAGGCUAGAAGUACCAGAUUAGUAGGAAAAGACGUUUUCGAAUAAUUCUGAAGAGCAUCGAAAAUUGGUCUGCGGUGCUAAAAUCAGCAGGGGAUAAAUGGCGCAAUUUUGAAUCCUAACAAAUAUUUAUGUUGCUGUAUCUCUUUCCAAAGAUACGAAUGCCAUGACGCAGCUCGAGGCCGUGAAAGGCGUUUUUCAUGCCCAAGUGGGCAGAUAUACCUUGACAUUUUACGACGCCCAACGUCUCUGUGCACUGCUCGGGGCAACCUUAGCUACAUACAACCAGUUAUACACUGCCUGGGAAGCUGGCCUUCAAAAGUGCUCGUGAGUGGUACUUUAUUCAUUAGUGCUUGCGACUUAUUUGCCGUCUCCAACAUACCUUUGCUCUAAGGUGCCCUAAUCUAUAAAGGAAAUAUUUUUUUCGUACUGCCUAGAGUAGAGUAGCAUGUGAUCCACUCAGCAGGCUCGCGAACGCACACCAGAGCAGACUAAUCCAGAAAAAUCAAAUCCUGGGGUCAAGAUUAACAAUUUAAUCUUUUGCUACAUUUUAUACGGAAAGAAAAAUUUAAGACAAGAGUUCAACCUUCAAUACCUCUUUUAAGCUACUUACGUUGGAGUCGCUGGCGGGCCAACCUUCUCGAGGUUGGUAUUAAGUUCUUUAUCAUCCUAGCAUACCAUAUCCGGACUGAAUCCCUUUUCUUAAACACAGGUUGCGCAAAUUUAAACAAGUCCUCGUGCUUUUCUUAUUUUUUGCACUUGUCCGUCUUCCCUAAGCUUUUGCACCUCUUUCGCGUCACAAUUGGGAAAUUUUCCUGCCGUUUUUUAAAUAUAAUUUCGGUUACCAUGGAAACUGUAGUUUUAAAAUGUUGAUAUUUGAUAUUGAUAUUGAGUUUGGUAUUAGAUACUACUGGUCUGAGCCGGUCGCUUUUUUUUCUUUUUUUUUUUAAUUCCUUGGCUUGUUGUAUAAUGCCUGUACUUAGGAAAAUUAUGAAGAUAGUUAUUUGUGAGAAAUGAUAGGAAUGCCUCGCUCAGAAUUAUUUGCUUUCCAAGCAUCAAUUCGGGUCAGAAGACUGCACUCAAGUGCUUCAGCUCUUUUGGACAGCGCGAACAGCAAAAUGUUCAGGUUUCGUAAGCUAGAGUUAUAUGGCAUCGCCGUUGAGAACGCUGUGUCACUCACUAUGUGAUGCCCGUCUGAGGAAUCGUAAACAAAACGCCCGCUGAUUGUUGAUUGGAAAAAGGACAUUUUUAUUAUUAUUAUUAUUGAAUCUUUAUUAAGUCAUAAGAUAAAUAAUCACAUAUCCUAUGUUACAACAUUAAAAGAAGGUAUAUAUAUAAAUUACAGAGAAAAUCAAGAUAAAAAUUAUAAGACUAGAUUAUGUUUAAAAAUUAAGCGAUUAACAAACGUGUUUUUGAACCUAUCAGUGUUUAUUUUAGGAUGGUGACUUGUCUCUUUCCUCAGAUUGUACUUGGUUAAUUUCUUUUUUGGCAUUAUAGCUCUUAAAGGGUGUAUUGUAUUAUUAAAAACAUUCUUGAAGAUACGCGUGUCCUGUUGAACUAACAAUUCAUAAACAUUAAUGUGAUCGGAUGUAUACUUGCGCUUAUAACAUCGAUCUAAGAAACAUUGGAUUGUUGUUAAUUCGGAAUUUACAGCGCCAAAUACGGACAACCCGUAUAAUAUAUUUGGUAGAACCAGAUUUAGAAACAGAUGGUCUAUUUCGGCCUGAUUGUACCCUUCUUUCCUUAAAGAUCUUAAAAUGAACAGGCACUUGUUUGCUUUAAUUAGUUUUUCCCGAAUAUGUGUUAUGAACCUACUGUCUUCCUGAAAUGUUACCCCUAAAAUAGUAAGCUCUUUUGUCUGUGGUAUUCCAGACACCAUCGGAAACUCUAUUGUACAACCUUUCUUGCGGAAAAUGAUUUCCUUGCACUUAGAUGGAUUGCUACACAUACCAUUACUUCUAGACCACUGGGAAAACUGAUUAAUCAGUGCGAUAGAAUUGUCAUUAUCACCUAUCACAGGCGAGAUAAUGGUUGUAUCAUCUGCAUAUUUUACCAGCACGCUCUUAUUGUCCAAGUGUAUCUCUAAAUCACUGAGAAAGACAUUGAACAAGUGCGGCCCGCUGACACUUCCUUGGGUGGUACCUUUGUUGACACUUUUCCAUUUUCCAAUAAACCCAUUUCUAAUGACUCUCUGCUGCCUGUCUUCCAAAAAGCUUAGAUACCAGUUAACUAUAAAAGGAUUUAGGGGGAGUUGCUUCAAUUUGUGUGAGAGGAGAUCGUGUUUCACACUAUCAAAAGCCUUGCUGAAAUCCAUAGCGAAUAGGCGUACCGCUUUGCACUCUGGGAUAUCAAGAUAUUGAUUGACAGUAUGUUGGAUAGUCAGUAGAGCAUUGGUACAGCUCCCUCCCUCUAUGUAUGCAAACUGUGAGAUCCCAGAAUGUUCAUCGAAGGUCUCCCUUGCGUGUGUUCCUAAGACAGCUUUCUCAAAGCACCUUGCGAUGACAGGUGUCACAUUUAUUCCGCGGAAGUCUGAUAUUCCCUUAGGUAUAUCAACCUUCGGCAAGGGUACAGGUCUGACUUUUUCCAAGAGACAGGCCAGGCGUGUGUUCUAAGAGACAGAUUCCAAAUCCAGGUGAUCACUGGAACGAAUAGCUCGGCGUGGUCUUUCCAUAUAGUAUACGGGAUGCCAUCUGGUCCGGUUGCUGUUUUCUUUAUACGCAUAAGAGAAUUCAGGACUUGUCGCUCUGAGAUUUCUGGGACUUCCUGAUCUUCACUAAUCUCCAGAGGUGUUGGCUUUCUGUAGGCGUGGUCAGUACAUAGGUCACCAAAGUAGUCAUUUAACGCGUUGAGUUCGUAGUGGCCAAGAGAUAGAGAAAUCACCGGCUUGCGGCGCUGAGAUGUUUUAUCCACUUUUUUCCACCAAUCCCGAGUUCCAAUAGAGGCGAAAAGUCCUUCUGUUUCUGAAAAUCACUUCAGAGAUCCUUUUAUUCAUAACUUUAAGACGGUCUAGAUUACUGAGUGAUAUGCGUGAUUUGGCUCGUAUCAUCGAUCGAACGAGCGGAGUCAUCCAGCCCGGGUCUCUUGAAGACAUGCGCACUGUUUUCAGAGGCAUGCAGCUAUCCAGGUGCCCUAGGAUGGUAUUUUCGAGCCUACCAACCACUUCAUCGACAUCAGUUUCCUGUAUCAUAUCAUCCCAGUUUUCCUUCGCCAACGCGAUAUACAGAUCACGCUUUCUAUGAGCCCUUUGGUCACGCACGUAUACUUUACGGCGGAUAGGUGGAAGCUUUAUUCCGGGUGGUAAAAUAACUCCCAUGUGAUCCGUCUUGGAGAGCAUGUGAAAGGGAUAGCACUUUGAAAAGAGAUCCGUGCGGUUCGUGAAACAGUUGUCCAAACAAGAAUUCCCUCUGGUGGGGAAAUUAACCAGAGCAUUCCAACCAGACAUUUCUUCGAAGCGUUUGAUAUCCAGUUUGUUGACAUCGCCACCGCACAACACAACUGUUUGUGGAUGUUUGUCUAGUAUAUUAUCCACGGUAUUUACAAGAUGAUUCAUUAGAUCGAUCUCUGCAUAAUUAAAUUUUGGGGGAUGAUAAAUUCCACAUAUUACAAAUCGAUGUCCCUUGGGAAGUCGCAGAGUUAUACAAAUUAAUUCAUAAAGACUAGAGCGGUAAACAUCCUCUACUGCAAGAUUGUUCCUGAUGUAUAUAGUAAUCCCACCCUUAUUGCGCAUAUCUCUGCCAUUCCAAUUUCUGUCUCUACGAAAGAUGGAAUAGUUCUCAAUAUUUACAAUCGCAUCCGGUUGUGCCGGUUUGAGGUGUGUUUCCGAUACGACACAAACAUCAAUAUCUUUAGAUCGCAAGUCAGCCUCAAGUCCAACCGCCGCACGCACUUUGUUCUUAGUUUUUGCGAGACUGCAAAUAUUGAUGAACAUACACUUGGGAACGGCAAACCCGAGCAAUCGGUAGAUGAUUUAGUAGGCUCUCGAGGAAUAGCUGUAAGAUAUCUGUUCUUAGCGGGAUCUUGGAAGCGAUAAGGUCUAGCAAACCGCCGGGUUUUAACAACUUCAAUGGGUCGACAUCUGUCGGAGUGUUGCGAUGCAGAGAUAUUUUUAGUAAUUUUCCCCAAUCUUCGUAAUCCCGGACCUCUGUAUUUCAGAAUUCCCAGGGAUUUAAGGGUAUCGAAAACAUGAGGCGCAGGUCGGCCCGCCGAACGUCUCAGCGAAAGUAGCCUGUCACGAUUGUGAGAGCAAUGGAUUCUGACUGACCCAAUUGCAGGUUGACAAGCAGAGUCCGAGGAGUUGGAGCUCUGUUUUCGUUUACCGUGGUCAUUAUCCACUUCUUCAGGUCCAGGAUGUGGAUGGACAUCCAUAUUAACAGUAAUGUCGAGCACAACAAACUUCUCAGGGGCGGCCAGGAAGACCAUGCCUCGACUGUCCCAUUUCACCAUAGCCCUUCUUACCCGGAGAUUUCGAGACCGGGAUACUCUCAGCUCAAAUCUAGCCAUCCAACUAAUGCAUCUUGAUGUUAAAGAUUGAUUUCGAUAAGAUCUUUCGACUGUUAUCAUAGUUAUGAAGGUAAAAAUAUAGAAAACUGCAAGAGCUCUAAAGAGCGUGGCAGCCAUAUUGGCAUGCAUAUAUUCCGUUUUUGUCCCAAGGAAUUUAAAUGUUCGUACUCCUGAUUAGCUACGUUUAUAGGAGGGUCUUAAUGGGAUUAAUUGAUAGCCGUAAAACGGUCAAAAGUUGACAAACUUUAUUCGUUAGUCGUAAAAGAUGUUAACCGUAAAACUUUUCUUGUGACAACGAUGGAAUGAUACUUACCAUUAACCGUAAAAUGGCUAAAAUUUUAACCGCUAGCCACAAAAGCCAUCACCCCAUUGGAACCCUCUUAAAAUUUAAGAAGCUAAGAAGUGUUUAAAUAGAUGAACAUGACACAUUCAUGUAUUUGUUCAUCUUUCUUUUUUUUGCUUUUGUUUGUCUGUUGUUUUUUUUUCUUUUUCAUGCUAUCUAUUCAUCCAUUAUUAUACCUCAUAAUUAAAUGUAUUUUGCUAUAUUUCCUGCAAUUUUCACGUGUUAGUUUACAUCCUUGGACCAUGACAUGUAUCUUUCUUCAUAUCACUCUUCUCCAGGUAUGGUUGGCUAGCAGAUGCAACUUUUCGCCUCCCAAUGCAAACGCGUAUACCUAGUUGUGGAGGUCAUAUCGGUAUUUAUGGAUCGUCCGACCCACAAGAUAAGUCUAGAAAAUAUAAUGCUUGGUGCUAUAAAUAG